AUGAGUUUGUUAUCAAAUGACAAGCACAGCCAACUUUCGGGUAAAACCCCUACUUCAUCUUUUACUACAGAUCUCCCCGGCGACUGUCUAAACCUCAUAUUUAAUGGUCUCAAAACUAGAGAUGAUCGUAAUUCAUUUGGAUUAACUUGUCAUCAAUGGCUUUGUAUUCAGAACAACAAUCGUGAAUCCUUAUGGUUUCGUAAUCGUGAUAAGGAUCCAAGGAUUAGUCUUCUUAUUCUUUAUAAGUUGUUGAGUCGAUUCCCAAAUCUCAAAUGUUUGUUUCUAACAAGUGGCCUGCCUAAGAUAACAUAUUUUCUCAUAUCAAAGAAACUAUUCUUUGAAUCCAAGGUUCAAUAUCUAUACUUAGAUUACUACAAUCAGAAUGCUGAUAUAGAACUGUCUUCAAUGUUUUCUUGGUUCCCUCAUUUGACGUUUAUAAGAUUGAGAUGUUCUCAUAUUACUGAUAAGGGUUUAGAGUCCCUGUUAAAAUGUUGCCCAUCCCUAAAGAAGGUUAGACUCACAGGUUGUCACUCGAUUACUGAUUUGGGAAUACGUUCUCUCAUAGAAAACUGUCAACAACUAGGUUCACUUUGUAUUAGCUCCUGCAGCAAAAUAACAGGUAUUGGCUUUCUUGAGUGUGCAAAGACCUUAACCUAUGUUGGAGCAGGUGGGUGCAAACUUAAAGUUGAGGGGAUUAAUGCAAUUCUCAGUAGUGGUGCGAUUCGUGACUUGUUCGGAAAAGAAUGUAUUAAUCCUGAAGCAGUUAUGACGAUUUGA